UGGCUAUGACCACUCGUGUGACGUCACGACUGAGCAGGAUGCCAACUAGCAGCGCGACAUGAUUGCGCACAAGCGCCGCCGCGAUGUUAUUGUUAGUAAAAACAGCAAGGCUGAUAUUAUGAAUUGCUCGCGCGGUUCCCUUUCCACUUGGCCGACCUUCGGAAGUCAAACGUGCCGCCGGCCGGCGUCGUUCGCUUGAGCUCAGCCCGGCAUUAGAUGCUUGUGAAAUGAUCCCGCCAAGUGUCCGCCGCUGGACACCCAAGCACGUGGCCAAGUGGCUGAAGGACGAGGGCUUCUGCGAUUACGUGGACCUGCUGUGCCACAAGCACCGGCUGGAUGGCAGCAGCCUGCUGGCCCUCAGCGAGUACGACCUGCGCUCCCCGCCGCUGGAGCUCAAAGUGCUGGGUGACAUCAAGCGCCUCAUGGCAUCCAUCCGCAAGCUUCAGAAGCAGAACCUGGACACGCUGGAGGAGCUGGGCCUGCCCUUCGACGGCCACUCGCCCACCGGCUCGGGCGACUGGUUGUGCAACGGCGAGGCGGCGCGGACCUGCGACGGCGCCGACACGGCACCCGUCGGCGAGGAGUACCAGAAAUACACCAACGGCAAGUACAAGCAGCAGACGCGGCGGCUGGACCCCGAAUGCUGGAAGACGGUGCUGAGCUCCGUCUACGUGGUCUUCGUGUUCGGGUUCACAUCCUUCGUCAUGGUCAUCGUGCACGAGAGGGUCCCCGACAUGGCCACGUACCCGCCCCUCCCGGACAUCUUCCUCGACAGUGUGCCUCGAAUCCCGUGGGCCUUCGCGAUGGCCGAGGCGUGUGGCGUCAUCUUGUGCAUCAUCUGGCUGAUGGUUCUACUGCUGCACAAACAUCGGUCCAUUCUCCUCCGCCGAAUGUGCAGCCUCAUGGGGACGGUGUUCAUGUUGCGUUGCAUCACCAUGUUCGUCACCUCCUUGUCCGUGCCGGGACAACACCUGCAGUGUUCCGGGAAGAUGUACGGCGACACGUGGGCCAAGCUGCGUCGGGCCGUGGCCAUCUGGAGCGGCUUCGGCAUGACGCUGACGGGCGUGCACACGUGCGGGGACUACAUGUUCAGCGGACACACCGUCGUCAUCACCUUGCUCAACUUCUUUGUCACCGAGUACACGCCGCGCAGCUGGCACUUCAUCCACACGCUGUCGUGGGUGCUCAACCUGUUUGGAAUCUUCUUCAUCCUGGCGGCGCACGAGCACUACUCCAUCGACGUCUUCAUCGCCUUCUACAUCACCACGCGCCUCUUCCUCUACUACCACACGCUGGCCAACACGCGCGCCUACCAGCAGAGCCGCCGCGCGCGCAUCUGGUUUCCCAUGUUCUCCUUCUUCGAGUGCAACGUCAACGGGCCCGUGCCCAACGAAUACUGCUGGCCCUUCUCGCGGCCCGCCGUCCUCAAAUUCGUCAUCGGCUAGAGGGGAGGCGCCGGCUGGCCGUCCGUCCGUCCGUCCGUUGGAGUGACUUUACACAGCCUGCCUUUGACUUGUGUUUAGUCGAAAGUAAGAAUCUGCCAAAAUUGUCUUUUGUCUUAAAGUGCGAUUCCAUUUGCCAAUGACCUUUGCCGUAGGUUUCCUUGUGUAGAAUUGGGGGGGACCAUUUUCCUAUCAGGGGCCAUACUAGAGUCCAUCUAGAGAAACCGUGGUGCCCUGAGAUACGAGUGACCUGAUUCCAGUUGUAUGGUGACAGUGAACGCACCUCAACUCACUUCACAACAAGCAGCAAUUUGACACAAAGAGCCAUUCCUGAAAAUUGGUGCCUUCAAGCUGAUGAGUGCCACUCACAGUUGAUGCUCACCGUCAAACUAAACGUUAACGUAAUGCUAACACGGAACGGGGAAAACCCGAGACGGCUAACAAAAGUAGCAUCAAUGUUGCGGUGCUUAUAGCGCUUG